AUGACUCACUGGAAGUUGCAGCACAAGUCAGGUGUGGGUGGAGAGCCGCAGUUCACAUUGGAGGGCGCCAAGAGCCGUGAAGCUAACACGUCGUCUGCAGCAAAACAAGGCAGUCAAGGCAGUGGUCAUCGUCCCAACGAUAGACGAACAACACCCUGUAUACAUUAUAAACAUUACACAAUCACAGAAGUUGGUGCUGCAGAAACUGUGCCAGGUGUUAGACGUGGUCGUCACAUUACCCACGUGACACCAGACCGGGUCUGGAUCGCUGAUGGUGAUGAUCACAAAGUAAAGAUGAUACCGUACACAUCACCAUGGAUACCAAAAUGUGUCUACAGCUCCCUCUCCACUGGAGACCUGCUGGUCGUGAUGUAUAGAGGUGAUAAAGAUACAAGCCAGGUAAACCGGUAUACUAACACAGGAGAACACAUACAGACCAUAGAGAAUGACAACACAGAGAACCGCAAUGGAGAUGUAAUUGUGUCUGACAUUGGCCGUUAUGCUGUGGUGGUGACAAACAGUAGAGGUAGACACCGCUUCUCCUACACAGGUCACCCAUCAGGAUCAGGACUAGAUCCACAUGAAAUCUGUACUGAUGCGCUGUCACACAUCCUGGUGUGUGAUUAUUUUACCAACAUGAUACAUAUACUUGACAGUGACGGGCGACUCCUGUCACAAAUAAAAAGAGAACAACACGGGAUAAACAGACCACUGGGUCUGAGUUAUGAUAACAGAACUCACUGUGUCUGGAUGGGAUCAGACGACAACAACACAGUGAACAUUCACAGACUGGAACACUCCCUGACUGUGUAA